CCUUUAAAUCGUCCGUAGAGUGGAGCAGGUGGGUGUUCCCCUGCGCAACACAGCGCUGAGCACAGUCACUUUUUACGGAAAUUUGCGGCUUGUCCUCGACGCUUUAGCGAAAUGCUGCAGCUGAAUGACAGUGUAGACCCCGAGAGCCCGGGUGCGGCUGUUUUACACCCGGGGGAUUAUGAUGAUGGGCUGGAGGUGGUGGCCCGAGCUGGAGCUUCGGUGGCCUGCUGCACCCCGCUACAGACCCUCACGCCUUUCCAUGUCCACAACCCGACCAUGCGAGCCAAAGUCAAGGAUUAUUUCGUCUUUAGGCCAGGAACCAUAGAGCAGGCAGUCAAUGAUAUCCGCACGGUUGCCUUGCCUUCAGAAGACGGAGAGGUUCUUAGCGUGUGGCUGCUAGCUGAAAUCGAUCACUGGAACAAUGAAAAAGAGAGACUGGUUCUUAUAACCGAGAGGUCUUUGCUGGUGUGCAAAUAUGACUUCAUAAACCUCCAGUGUCUGCAGGUCAUCAGAAUUUCCCUGAACGCUGUGGACACGAUCUCAGUCGGCGAGUUUGAGUUCCCCCCAAAAUCCCUCAACAAGAGAGAGGGAACCGGUAUCCGUGUCCAGUGGGAUAAGCAGCCAAGACCUUCGUUCAUGAAUCGCUGGAACCCCUGGUCCACUGACAUACCCUACGCCACCUUCACCGAACACCCCAUGGCCCACGCAGAUGAAAAGGUGGCCUCCCUCUGCCAGCUUGAGAAUUUCAAGACGCAGCUCGUCCAGGCUGUGAAAAAAGCCCAUAAAGACUUCCCCAUCCCGGGACGAGCCAAUGGCGUGCUGAUACUGGAGAGGCCGCUCCUGAUCGAGACUUACCUGGGCAUCAUGUCCUUCAUCAACAAUGAAGCCAAACUGGGCUACGCCAUGACAAGGGGAAAAAUCGGCUUUUAACUCCUGAAUUCUCCCUCCAUUUCUCUCAUCCUCCAGUCAAGCAGUGUUUUUGAGUGAUACUGCUACACUUAAGUAUGUGAGUCCAGUACAUACUGCUUGUUUUGUUGUUUGAAUGUAUAUAUUCUAAUGUGGUCGAAUGGUUUGGAGAUGCAGUGUGUGUGUGUUACUGGCAACGAUUUAUUGACCAUUGAUCACUUUCAUUUGGAACGUCUCUACAAAUUGCGUUCAGAAGUGCCCUUCAAGGGCGCCAAAAAAAGCCAUUUAGAAUUCACCCAAAAGCUCACAACGCUUGUCCCACCCUCGGGGUCUUCUGAUUGGUCCAUUGUUUUGGAACUGACGUUGAUGAGCGGCACUGUGUGUAAAAGUUUAAAUUCGGUAAACUUGACACAGCAUCUUAAAAACGCGGUGCUCAUGUGCGAGACACUGCAAAAGAUAUUGCAUUUGUUGCAUUCUGAACAUUUACUUGGACUUGGAAGUUGCAAUGAAAAUCAGUCCAGGCAAGCAUUUCCCAAAAGCAUUGUGACCUAAGUUGAUCAUAGAGACCAAUGUUGGUGCCAAUGAUUCUACGAUCUACUUGGGCUUACGAUGCUUUUGGGAAAUGCAGCCCAGGGGCUCAUUCUUCAUACGUCGCUUAUUAAAUCAGAGAUGAAAUCAUCGCGCUAAUCAGGAUCUGGCUAAUUCGGUUCUUUGAACGCACUUGUUGUUGAUGAUUAGUAUGGCUGGAUUGAGUUAUCUGAGAUAAUUGCACGUUCAUGGGUUGGUUUAAAAGGGGUUAUGUCUCGAUACU